AGUUCAAUGCCAUUAAUGGUUGUCCUUUUUCACCUGCUCGCCCAAAUUGCUUUGUUUCCAAUAAGCCAAAAUUUUGCAGGAAGGUACAUUUUAGUGAUGUUCUAUUAUAAUCCCUUUCAACUGCAGGAGAAAUAUAGAAAUAUACACCAGAGAUUGCCCGUGGUUGUAGCUGAAACACUUCUGUAUGGUGAUCCUCAGAUUGAGUUGCCUUUUUGGCUCGUAAAUAUGUUCAAGGCUGGACGUAGGGCAAUUUCUUGGGGUAUGACAGGCCAGCAGCCAGAUCCUGCAACACUAGUUCGAUUGUACAUAGAUUAUGGUCGGCUUGCUGAAGCCACAAAUCUACUGCUCGAGUACCUUGAAUCCUUUGCAACAGUGGGUGCUGCCGAUCCAAUCAAACGGAAGAAGACUUCCGCCAUCUGGUUUCCUUACACUGCUAUUGAGCGCCUCUGGUGUCAGCUUCAGGAGUUGUGCAGCGCUGGUCAUAUGACCGGGCAAUGUGAUAAGCUUAAGAGGCUUCUCCAGGGAGCUUUGCUAAAUCAUCUAAAGCAGGUAAAGGUGGACUCUGAGGAUGCUUUGGCAUCUGCAGUUGCGUCAUGAUCUCCCAGCUCAAACAGGAGGGGUGAAACCAGGCUCAUUAUUUAAAGUCCUUAUCGAUGUAUGUAAAAUGAUUUUGUAUUCUUUCAUAUCUUUUAUAUAAUCAAUGUCUGCUUACACCAUGCACCGGAGGUUAAUAGUUCGUGUCUUUCUGUUAAUAGCAAGCUCUUUUGUUGACAGUUAUUAUUAUGUUCUGAUUAUAAAUUUAAUUGGUCCGUUUUACAAUAA